AUGAAUCAAUCCUUCUUCCACGAAGCCGCACGGCUAAACAAUGAAGGUGUCACUGCCCUUGUUGAGGGUGAUGAAGAUACCAGCAUCAAACUCCUCAUGAGUACAGUCAAGAUGAUGAAGCAAUACAUUGCUUCUCCAGAUCAAGCAGCCGCAUUGGCUUCCUCUUCCUCACAGCAAGCUUCGUCCUGCUUUCGAAGCUUUUCGACUGUGGAGGUUACUCAUGCUGAAUGUGAUGAACACAUCUUCUUCCGCCAGGCCAUCAUGAUUCCAUCCGAUGGCGACGACACCACAAAAUUGGAUCUUCACGUUUACUCUGCCGCUGUCAUUUUCAAUUUGGCUCUCGCUCACCACAUCCAAGGAUCCAAGAAUUCCCGAAACAAGGCGCACAAGCUGUACGCUACCAUCAUGAAGCUACUGGAUGAGCGCGUUGGUCACAUGCAAUCGGCCUUGUUGCUCAAGCUUGCAUGCAUCAACAACAUGGCUCAUAUUCGCUUCGAGAGUGGUGAAUUCGAUCGGGUGCAAGAUGGCCUUGGAGAACUCUCUGCCCUGUUAAAGACUACCGAUGAGGUCCUCUUGGAAGGAGCUGAAGUCCAAGGAUUGUUGAUGAGUGUUCUAUUGUUCAAGAAGCCAAAGGUCGCAGCUGCAGCCUGA